UGCUGAGUGAAGCUGGGAAUCUCUAUUUCUAUGUUCCUACUCCCGCGUUUUGCCCACCGUCCCCUCUGUUCUACUCGUCGUCUACACCUAUAUAAACGCUGCACACGGGUCAGGAGCCCGCGCGAGUCUGUACAGCCCAGCAAGAUGCCAAUUCCACCUGCCAUCUUGACGCCCGACCUCCAGACCCCGAGCGAGUCUGUCUACCCGAGCCCGCUCCGCCAGACGCUCGGCCAGUCGGUCUCGCUCUUAAAGACGGGCAGCCCGCCUGCGCUCAUCCCACCACACCCAAAGGUCCCCCCGCCGACAACGGUGAUUGAGGCGUCUAAGCGCCUGGCGGCAUGGACGGCUGUGGACAGACAUGUGUUGCCGGAGUACAAGGUCAUUGGCAUUGGCUCAGGGUCGACAGUGCCGUACGUGGUCGAGCGGAUAGUCUCGCAAGGCUUGGCGCGCAACAAGGACCGCGUCUUCAUCCCGACGAGCUUCCAGUCCAAGGAGCUCAUCGUGAGCGCGCAGCUGCUGCUCGGCGACGUCGACCAGUACCCCGUCAUUGACGUCACGAUCGACGGUGCGGAUGAGGUCGACGAGACGCUGAACUGCAUCAAGGGCGGCGGGGCGUGCCAUCUGCGCGAGAAGGUGCUCGCGGAGGCGGCGGAUACCUUCAUCGUCGUGGCCGACUACCGCAAGAACUCCGACGUGCUUGGGAAGAACUUCAAACAAGGCGUGCCGAUUGAGGUCGCGCAGUUCGCGUACGCCAAGGUGCUUCAGAACGUACACCUCGUCGGCUCGCCGGGCGCGACGCUCCGCAUGGCCAAGUCGAAGGCGGGCCCGGUCGUGACGGACAACGGCAACUUCGUCAUCGACGCGCCCUUCCCCGAGGAGAUGAUGCGCGACCCGUACACUCUGCUCACACGCAUCAAGAUGCUCACGGGCGUCGUCGAGGUCGGCCUAUUCUGCCACAUGGCGAAGGCGGCGUACUUCGGGAACCAGGACGGGAGCGUCACCGUCAAGUGGCACGACGGCCGCAUCGAGAGCGUCGAUAGCGGAAACAGCCCGCUUCCUCCCCCCAUCGGUGCGCCACAACCACAGUACCCCAUUGGUGAUGUGUCCCCCUUGAGCAGCAAGAAAGAAGGCCCGAAUGACGACGUAAAGGAAAUCGCGAAUGGCCUUGGGUCAGUCAAGAUCUAAGCGAAUAUCGCAUCGUACAUAGAAGUUCAGAACCUACUAUCAUACUUGUACUUGGAUAGCUGCUAUAACGCAAGGCAGUGCUACAACAUAAUUCUUCCGCA